AUGGAUCGUUUGGAUCAAAUAUCUAUUGCAUUAGAAACAGCUGGCAUAUCCCUUAAAGCAGCUCUAAAUCUACUGCAUUUGAUCACAUCACUGGAUGGAAAUCCAUUAACCUUGGAUGGCACAAUACUCAAUAAUACUGAGCAGGUUAUUGAUUUCCUGCUUUAUAAAAACGGCAAAAAGAUAUCGCUGAAUAUGUUAGAGUAA